AUGGCCGACAGCGCCAUGGCCGACGGCGCAGAGGCGAGUCACGACAUCUCCCACCACCGCUCCAGCGUCGCCAUCCUGCCAUUCCCCGCGCGCGGCGGCGACGCGCCCGGUCAACUCGAGUUGACCAACCCCCUCCUUGGCCAGUCCAAGGCCACGGACGUGACCGAGCGGUUCGCGCUGAAAGGCGUCCUGGGCCGUGGCGCGUUUGCGACGACGCGACUGUGUGUGGACAAGGGCAGCGGCAAGGAGUUUGCGUGCAAGAGCAUCCAUAAGAAGCGGCUGGAGGGGCUCACCAAAGACUGGACAGACGUCAGGAGGGAGAUGCAGGUGAUGUACCACCUGGCAGGCCACCCCAGCAUGCCCCAGAUCCAGUAUGCGUGCGAGGACCAAAACUACGUCCACAUAGUGAGCCAUGUGUCGCACUGGCCGCUGUAUGGUGACACAGAGACGGUGAUGGAGCUGUGCAGUGGCGGCGAGCUGGUGGACCGCAUCAUAGACAAGGGCAAGUACACCGAGCGUGACGCCGCGGCCAUCAUGCGCACGGUGCUCGACCUCGUGGCAUAUGCCCACGAGCUGGGCUGCGUCCACCGCGAUAUCAAGUAA